AUGCUAAAAAUCUUAUUGCCUACAAUUAUACUAUUACCCACAAUCUGAUUCUCCCCUCCCAAAUGAUUAUGAGUCACUUCAACACUCCAAAGCCUGCUUAUUGCCCUACUUAGCCUUACUUGAGUCAAAUGGUGCUCAGAAACAGGCUGAACCUCUUCUAACCUGUACAUAGGCACAGACCCCCUAUCAACCCCCCUCCUAAUCUUAACUUGUUGACUCUUGCCCCUUAUAAUCUUAGCAAGCCAAAACCACAUCAAAACUGAGCCAAUCAGCCGCCAACGAAACUAUAUCACCCUUCUAGCCUCCUUACAAAUCUUCCUAAUUAUAGCAUUUGGGGCCACCGAAAUCAUCAUAUUCUAUGUUAUAUUUGAAGCAACCCUCAUUCCAACCCUAAUUAUUAUUACUCGCUGAGGCAACCAAGCUGAACGCUUAAGUGCAGGCACAUACUUCCUCUUUUAUACACUAGCAGGGUCCCUUCCAUUACUAGUUGCCCUGCUAUUACUUCACCAAAACACAAACACAUUAUCAAUACUGAUUAUUCAAUACUCACACCCCCUAAUUCUUAACUCAUGAGGAGACAAAAUUUGGUGGGCAGGAUGCUUAAUCGCCUUCCUAGUAAAGAUGCCUCUCUACGGGGUCCACUUAUGACUACCAAAAGCCCACGUAGAGGCCCCAGUAGCCGGCUCAAUAGUACUAGCUGCAAUUCUCCUAAAACUUGGGGGCUAUGGCAUAAUACGCAUAAUAGUAAUUUUAGACCCCCUAUCAAAAGACCUAGUGUAUCCAAUUAUUGCCCUAGCCCUAUGAGGAAUCAUCAUGACAGGCUCAAUCUGUUUACGACAAACAGACCUAAAAUCACUAAUCGCCUACUCCUCCGUAAGUCACAUAGGCCUGGUUGCAGGGGGAAUCCUAAUCCAAACACCAUGAGGAUUUACCGGAGCCCUAGUGUUAAUAAUUGCCCACGGCCUAGUCUCCUCAGCCCUCUUCUGCCUAGCCAACACAACCUACGAACGCACCCACAGCCGGACAAUAAUCCUUGCCCGAGGAUUACAAGCUAUUUUCCCCCUAACAGCCACUUGAUGGUUUGUCUCUAACCUCGCAAACCUAGCCCUCCCCCCACUACCAAACCUCAUAGGAGAGUUAGUCAUUAUUACAGCAAUAUUCAACUGAUCCCCCCUGACUCUAGUACUAACUGGGACGGGAACCCUAAUCACUGCAGCCUACUCCCUUUACCUCUUCUUAAUAACUCAACGAGGGCCCCUUCCACAACACAUCAUUAACCUACAACCCUUCCACACGCGUGAACACCUACUAAUAACGCUACACCUUCUUCCAGUCCUUCUCCUCAUUUUAAAGCCCGAAAUCAUAUGAGGCUGAUGAUACU